GACUGUGGCGGAGAUCCCGGGGCCUGCUCCCGCCUCCUCCGCCACAGACGGCGGCACACGGUGAGGGGGGAUGUCCGGGAGGAGGCAGGCGCGGAGAAGGCGGCCUCUCCUGUCCGGUUCUAGCCGCUAAAGGGCUCUUCUCCCGGGCAGGGAAGCACAAGGGGAGAGCGGAGCUGCAGCCGGGCUGAGCGGGGUGAGGGCGGGGCCUGUGUCCGGUGUCAGCCAAUAGCCGCGCAGGAGGGCGGAGCUCAGCAGCCAAUCACUGCGCAGCGCUCCACAUAUAAGAGGCGGCCCCGGCCUCAGUGUUUUCUACAGAAGUCUUUGUAUUUACGUCCCACACAAGAUGGCAGAGACCGCGCCAGCAGCCGCCGCUCCUCCUCCCGCCGAAGCGGCCGCCAAGUCCAAGAGGCAGCCGAAGAAAUCCGCCGCUGCAGGGGGCGCCAAGAAAAGCAAGAAGCCGUCCGGUCCCAGCGUGUCCGAGCUCCUCGUCACAGCCGUGUCCGCCUCCAAGGAGCGCAGCGGGGUGUCUCUGGCCGCCCUGAAGAAGGCUCUGGCUGCAGGAGGAUGCGAUGUGGAGAAGAAUAAUAGCCGCAUCAAGGUGGCCAUCAGGGCUCUGGUCACCAAGGGGACCCUCACCCAGGUGAAGGGCAGCGGCGCCUCCGGCUCCUUCAAGCUCAACAAGAAGCAGCAGGAGACCAAGGACAAGGCGGCCAAGAAGAAGCCGGCGGCGGCCAAGAAACCUGCAGCUACUGCGGCCAAGAAACCCUCUAAAUCCCCGAAGAAGCCCAAGAAGGCUCCGGCCAAGAGCCCGAAAAAGACCAAGAAACCAGACGCGGCCAAGAAAGCAGCCAAGAGCCCCAAGAAGCCGAAGGCUGCCCCCAAGCCCAAGAAGCUGGCCAAGAGUCCGGCUAAGAAGGCGGCCAAACCCAAGGCUGCCAAGAGUCCGGCUAAGAAAGCGGCGAAAGCCAAGAAGAGCGCGGCCAAGAAGUAACCGGCG